AUGAGAAUAUCCCAAUUGAUUGCCUUCGUAGCAGCGUUUUUUGUCCCGCUUUGUUUGGCCCUUUCCAACGAAGGUUUGGCCAAAGAAGCUGCCAAAGGUAAAGGUGUCCUGAAAUUGACCAAUAACAAUUUUGAAAGACUCUUGAAAGGCCCCAGAGAUGCCUAUUUAGUCGUGUUCCUAACAUCCACAAGCCCAGCCAUUGGGUGCAGCUUAUGCACUGAAUUGGAGCCCGAGUUCAAUCUACUGACUGAAUCAUGGGUCAAAGAUCAUAAGGACGGUAUUUCUGGAAACGGUGAGCAAGCUCUAUUCUUUGCAAAAGCAGAUUUCGACCCCAAGAAGAAUAACAAAGUUUUCAUGCAUUUCAAUGUGAACAACGUCCCACGACUACUUUUCAUUUCUCCAGAUCAAGAGUUUGGCACCUUCAGUCAAAUCAACCUACCGGGAGAAACUGGGCUUGCCAGGGUGGUUGCUGUUGUGAACGCUUUGAGGGAAGUCACUGGAAUCACAGACUUUCAAAUUCACCAGCCUCUCAACUGGGGGUCCAUUGCAAUCACUGCCUUUGCGACAGCUGCAAUCACGAUCUUAGUCAAAAAGAACAAAGAAGUCGCAGCCCGGUUGGCUACGUCAAAACCGCUUUGGGGACUUGCAACAGUGUCCAUCAUAAUUCUUUGGAAUUCAGGCUAUAUGUUUAAUGCCAUAAGAGGCAGUCAAUUUGCAGGCAUGACUCAAAACGGCGAGGCCGUAGUGUACUUCCUUGAAGGGCAACAACAAAACCAAUUUGGGAUCGAAACUCAGAUCAUCAGUGUCAUUUACGGGAUUCUUGCUGCCUCGACCGUGGGGCUCAUCACUUUCGUUCCCUACGCAGCAAAAUUCUAUGCUAAAGACAGGACAGGUAAGCUGUCGCCUUCUAGAGCUUCCUUCGUUGAAAUGGUUCUCGCACUGUCUUUCCUCAUCACAUUGUAUGCCAUCUACAGUGCCCUAUUGGCAGUCUUUGGUUUGAAAAGCUCGGGUUACCCAUUCAGACUUUUCCGUUUGCCAGGCAAUCUAUUCAAAUAA